UAGGAGAAGGCUGCAGAUUGCGCAUGCGCGGUGCGCGUCUGUUCUCCUUCAGUCUGUCCUUUCUCGCUGCACAGAAACCCCGUCAGGAACAUCGACACGGAAAACACGCAAACAUGACUGUCCCUCCUGCAUACGCUGACCUCGGCAAAUCUGCCAAAGAUAUCUUCAGCAAAGGAUAUGGCUUUGGAGCUGUUAAGCUGGACCUGAAGACCAAGUCUCAUAGUGGAGUUGAGUUCUCCACCGGCGGCUCCAGUAACACAGACACCGGAAAAGCGGCUGGAAACCUGGAGACCAAGUACAAAGUGAAGGAUCUGGGCUUGACUUUGAACCAGAAGUGGAACACAGAUAAUGUUCUGACCACUGAAGUGACUCUGGAAGACCAGCUGGCCAAAGGUCUGAAGCUGGGAUUGGACACUUCAUUUGUGCCCAACACUGGGAAGAAGAGCGGUAAGCUGAAGACGGGCUAUAAGCGUGAUUACAUGAAUGUGGGCUGUGAUAUAGAUUUCGAUCUGGCCGGACCAACGAUUCACGCCGCAGCCGUUCUGGGUUAUGAGGGCUGGCUGGCCGGGUAUCAGAUGGCCUUCGACACGGCCAAGUCUAAACUGGCCCAGAACAACUUCGCUUUGGGCUACAAGGCAGGAGACUUCCAGCUACACACCAAUGUUAAUGAUGGCACAGAGUUCGGCGGCUCCAUCUAUCAGAAGGUGAACGGUCAGUUGGAGACGGCGGUCAAUCUGGCCUGGACCGCAGGCAGUAACAACACACGCUUUGGCAUCGCUGCUAAAUACCAACUAGAUAAAGACUCCUCUAUCUCUGCCAAAGUCAACAACGCUAGUCUGGUUGGAGUAGGAUACACACAGAGCCUCCGGCCAGGUGUGAAACUCACUCUGUCCGCUCUGAUCGAUGCUAAGAACUUCAACGCCGGAGGACAUAAGGUGGGCAUGGGCUUCGAGCUGGAGGUGUAACGACACAGAGCAGAGACGCACUGAUGGGAAGUAAAGAAACACAGGGAGCUGACGGCACGACUUCAGCCCCUGCAGAAACAUACGUCGCCCUUUUCCCCCGUAAUUCCUCCUAAACUAAUCUGGCCUUAAAGCCCCGUAGAACCAAUGAGAAACAGGAUCACCAGUCACGUGACUCCUGGCCACACCAAUCCUCAAUCACCAGCUCACUAUUUGACAACAGCUUCCUCUUGGUCACUAUGGCAACAUAUCAUAGCGCUUUUAAUGUUACACACGUGGCACCAUAUUAUUUUAUUAUUUUUUUUUUAGCUAGAUAAAUAUUGAGUUUUUUUGUUUCUGAACAGUCGCACAGGAUCUGAUGUGUAUGUCGUGCUCUUAGUUCACGGUUUAAUGUUAAAUCAGAAACGCCUCUCUGAAUGUCAAUUCCCUCACGUUCAUUGCCAACAAGUAAUAUUUUAUCACAGGUUUGUCGUCUGUGUUUGUGGGCUGGAGUUUGUAGAGUACGGUCCAUGAGUUUUUUGUUUUUAUCCCCAUAAAAAAGUGAUUUAUGUUAAAAGCGGAGGACUAGAAGAAGAAACUGAUGUUGUGGAACUCAAUAAAGAGGAAUGUUGACUGAAUAAAACCUAGUUUCUUUUG